GGAGGAACCAACUGCCAACAACAACAAACCGCCAGCUGAUUGUGGCAGAUCUUCUGACAGAGGAGACGAGGCCCUGUCAAUUCUCUCUGUUAUUAGUGCCGCGUGACAGAAACUGCAGUCAUGGCGUCGAAGAAUCUGACACAUAUCUUCUUGAUCAUGAGAGAUAAGGCGAUACAGAGGAGGAAUAUGUAUAAACGCGUUGAGAUUUAUUCAGAUGAAGAUGCGUUGGUUGUGAGUGAAGAGGUAGAGAACGGAGUAGGCGGGAUAAGUGACGGUCAUCUGCCGGACUGGGCGGGGAUGGUGGAAGAGGUGCAGUACAACAUUGUCACACUGCGGGAAAAGACGAAGCGUGUGGCGGCACUUCAGAGCAAUUUGGUGCGUCGACCGUCGCUGGAUGACAACGCUGAAGAGGAACGUCAACUGACGGCACACAACAAUGAGAUCAGAAGGACCCUCGAGAGAUGCCAGAUGUUGAUGAUCCAGAUAAAGCAUGCAGCUGCCAGAGGUCGAGAAGAAACCUUAAACAAGAAUGUUGUUCGGGCACUCGGGUUUGCCCUUCAGGAAGUCAAGAACGAGUUCAUGACAACCUGCUCAGCUUUUACGAGUUCCAUGAACAAUAUAAAAAAGACAAGUUCCUUUGUACAUGAGGGAGGAGGUGAUUAUGACAAUGAUUAUGGAACUUUUGAAGACGGAUCCAGUUCUAGACACCAGGCCUGGACACAAGAGCAACUCAUGUUUCUGGCUGACAACACUCAAACAGUUCAGGAUCGGGAUCGGACAGUUCAGCAUAUAUUACAGUCUACAAUCCAACUGAAUCAACUCUUCCGGGAUGUUGCGCAGUUAGUUUCCGACCAGGGAACCAUUUUGGAUAGAAUAGACUUUAACGUAGAGCAUGCUGCCCUCAAAGUCGAAGACGGUGCCAAGCAGCUGAAGAAAGCAGAAAAUUACCAGCGUAAGAACCGCAACAUGAAGUGCAUUUUAGGGCUUUCAGGCACAAUCAUUGUUUUGAUUAUUAUUUUGGUACUUGUCAAAACUUAACAGUGAUAGUGUAUUGUAUAACUUUUAUCUGUCAAAUAAAUUAUUGAUACUAGAAAUAAUGUAGGAUAUUCUAUUUUUCCAGUACAGUAUUGUGUUCUACUAAAGGUGAUACAAUUUGUAGAGCUAUUGAGGUAUUUUGCAUUAUGCAGAUAAUGGUGUCUAAUUAUUUCAGGAAGUUACCUUAGAGGGAUUAAGAGAGGUUAGGCUUUAUAUCUGAAAUGUACCUUUUUGGAAGAAAUUUGAUGCAAGGAAGAGCAUUUUUUUUUUGUUUUUUUUUGUUCAAGAGUAUAUGAACACCAAAAACUUACUUGAUAUUAAUAUUAACCCAUUCGCCACGGAUUUAUGUUCUGUCCCCUGUUGGUUUUGGUGAAUUUUGCUACCUACAGAUGGCUCCACAUGUACUCAGCCGGCAAGGAGUCUAUCAGUAGGCCCUAGUUACCGACCCUGAUUUUCCCAUUCAUUGAAUUGGCGGGAAAAUUAAUAUCAUUGCUUUCGAUGCAGUUAUUAUUGUUACUGAUGUUAUGAUGAUUGAAUUGUCAUUAGAAUAUUUUUGACAAUAAGAUGAUACAAAAAACCCUUUCCGAAAGUGAAGGAAAAGGCUAAACAGGUGAAAUAGGUAGUUCUUGAUAACUGGCUAUUUGGUGAUUAAGAACUUGUAGAGCCAUCUAGGUGUAAAUACAAUAAAUAAACGUGUAUCAAAGUGGGUAUGGCAUCUAUUCUUGCUAACUGCGGCGAAUGGGUUAAGUAACUUAAUAUUCCAUUAAUCUUACAAGGGGCCAGAAUAAGGGCUAUAUGAGGAUCUUUUUGGUUGGCAUUUAGUUGGACAGGCAUGUAGUCACACAUCUUGGUCAAAUGUACAUGGUAUAUGGUCAGUCUCGUGACCUGUAGUACUGCUUAAUUUUUUAUUAAACAGAGCAAUUAAUAUUGUCGUUAGGCAGGAUAAUAUCUUUUCCAAUGUACUGAUAUUUAAAAUUAUUCUACAGUGCAUGAAAUUUACCACAUACCUUAAUACCUUUUGGUGUUGGACAUUUUGUUGAAUACUUUUUUUUUUUUUUUUUUUUUUUUUCUUUCUUU